AUGAGAGUGCUGGGAUGUUUCCUGACAAAUCCGGAAGUCGGAAAGUGCUGCAUGAACGGCUACUUGGCUGAGUUUGUAUUCCUGGGCCUGUUUCUGGCAGAGAUGUCCAUGAAAAUGUACGGCCUCGGACCCCAGAACUACUUCCACUCCUCGUUCAACUGUUUUGACUUUGGGGUGAUUAUUGGCAGUAUUUUUGAGGUGAUCUGGGCUGCCAUCAAACCUGGGGCCUCAUUUGGGAUUAGUGUCCUGCGAGCUCUGAGACUGCUCAGGAUCUUCAAAGUCACCAAGUACUGGAACUCUUUGAGGAACCUGGUGGUAUCUCUGCUCAACUCCAUGAAGUCUAUCAUCAGCCUGUUGUUCCUCCUCUUCCUCUUCAUCGUGGUCUUCGCUCUGCUGGGCAUGCAGCUGUUUGGUGGCCAGUUUAAUUUUGAAGACGAAACGCCGACAACUAACUUUGACACGUUCCCAGCAGCCAUUCUCACCGUCUUCCAGAUCCUAACUGGGGAAGACUGGAACGCAGUCAUGUACCACGGCAUCGAGUCGCAGGGGGGCGUUCAUGGGGGAAUGUUCUCCUCCAUUUAUUUCAUCGUUCUCACUCUCUUUGGAAACUACACACUCCUCAACGUGUUCUUGGCCAUCGCUGUUGAUAACCUUGCAAAUGCCCAGGAGCUCACUAAGGAUGAGGAAGAGCAGGAGGAGGCCAUCAAUAAGAAACUCACCCUCCAGAAGGCCAAGGAGGUAAAGGAGGUCAGCCCCAUGUCAGCCGCUAACAUUUCCAUCACAGCUUUUCUAACACGCAGUCGAGGUAACGCGCAUUCUAGCAGCUCAUCCAUCUGCAGCGUUAACUCACUUAAGGAGCAGCAGAAGUCAAUGAAGACAAUGUCGGUGUGGGAGCAGAGGGCCAACCAGCUGAGGAGGCAGAACCGGGCGAGCUGUGAGGCCCUGUACAGUGAACUGGAGCCUGAGGAGCGCCUCCGUCUGUCCUCGGCCCCCCACAAGACCCACCACGACCGGCCACUGCUUGUCGAGCCCUGCGACGGGCCUAUGCUGGGCGGCCACCAGCACCACCAUCAUAAGCCCUGCAUGCCAGAGGAGGGUGAAACUGCCGCCGACCCUCCUGUGCCUCACCAGCCUCGCCGCCACCACCGCCACAGAGACAGGGACCGCACCAGAAAUAAAGAGGAGACAAAUGAUAACGGUGACACUGGUGGGAGACACCACGUCCAUCACAGUCGCUCCAAAGAUUAUGAUGGCAGUCGGGGCAAAGAGGGGAAGAGCGAGAGGUCCCGCAGCCGAGAGGGAGGCAGGAGGCAUCACCAUCAGAGCUCGGUGGAUGACAGCGGAGGUGGAGGAGUCACGAGCGAGAGAGAGCAUCGCCAUCAUCAUUCACACCGGCAGUCCCGAGGGGGCAACGGGACAGUGAACAGUGGAGGGAGGGGAGAGCGAAGAUCCCGGCACAAAGAUGGACGUUCUUCUCACAGGGAUGGGGACAGGAGUUCCAGGGGAGACAGCGGCGCCAAUGGAGAGAGGAGGAGACAUCGGACUCAUGGAUCCAGGGGCCAAUCCACAGUUGAGGGAGAGGAGUCCAACGAAAGAGAGAAGACUCAUGGUCACAGGGACAGGUUUGGUGACUCAGAGGGGGAGUCCCUAGCCAUCUCCCCUCAGCAGGACUCUAAGGGGGCCAACUGGCCUCCUGACGGACCAGAGGACUCAGACAACCAGCGGAAUGUCCAACGAACUGGCCGAAGCUCCAUCCAAAUUCCUCCUGUGACUAUCACCUCCCCACCUGGAGAGACCACCCUCAUACAAAUGAACAGUAUUGACUGUGAGACAAUGCCCAUGAAUGAGAAGACCCUGGAGGACCUCGGUCAAAGUGGACCCAAACCCAUCCUGCCUUACAGUUCUAUGUUCAUCUUUGGACAGACCAAUCCGGUGAGGCGGUUGUGUCACUACAUUGUGACCCUGCGUUAUUUUGAGAUGUCCAUCCUGGUUGUCAUAGCUAUGAGCAGCAUCGCUUUAGCAGCAGAGGACCCUGUCUGGACAAAUGCCCCUCGCAACAAUGUGCUCAAAUAUCUGGACUACGCCUUCACUGGUGUUUUCACUUUUGAAAUGGUGAUAAAGAUGGUGGACUUGGGCCUGCUGCUUCAUCCUGGAUCCUACUUCAGAGACCUGUGGAACAUUCUGGACUUCAUAGUGGUCAGUGGGGCGCUGGUGGCUUUUGCAUUUUCGGGGACCAAAGGCAAAGACAUCAGCACUAUCAAGUCACUGAGGGUUCUCCGAGUACUCAGGCCUCUCAAGACCAUCAAACGUCUGCCGAAGCUCAAGGCAGUGUUCGACUGUGUGGUCAACUCUUUGAAGAACGUGCUGAACAUCCUCAUCGUUUACAUCCUCUUCAUGUUCAUCUUUGCCGUCAUUGCAGUUCAGCUCUUCAAAGGAAAAUUCUUCUUCUGCACAGACGAGUCCAAGGGCCUGGAGAAGGACUGCAAAGGACAGUUCUUGGACUACGACAAAGAUGAGGUAGCUGCCAUGACCCGAGAGUGGAAAAAAUAUGAUUUCCAUUAUGACAAUGUGCUGUGGGCCUUCCUGACGCUCUUCACUGUCUCCACUGGGGAGGGCUGGCCAACUGUACUGAAGCACUCUGUGGAUGCCACCUUUGAAGACCAGGGUCCCAGUCCAGGCUACCGGAUAGAAAUGUCCAUCUUCUAUGUGGUCUACUUUGUGGUCUUCCCUUUCUUCUUUGUCAACAUCUUCGUCGCUCUGAUCAUCAUUACCUUCCAGGAGCAGGGAGACAAGGCCCUGUCUGAGUGCAGCUUGGAGAAGAACGAGAGGGCAUGCAUAGACUUUGCCAUAAACGCCAAACCUCUGACACGCUACAUGCCAGAGAACACGCAGUCCUUCCAGUACAGGAUGUGGAAGUUUGUGGUCUCAGCUCCGUUUGAGUACUCCAUCAUGAUCAUGAUCGCUCUCAACACAGUGGUACUCAUGAUGAAGUUCCACGGAGCUCCAGAGUUCUAUGAAGCGAUGCUGAAGAACCUCAAUAUAGUCUUCACCACUCUCUUCUCUCUGGAGUGUAUCCUCAAGAUCAUUGCUUUUGGUCCUCUGAACUACCUGAAGGACGCCUGGAACGUGUUUGACUUUGUGACAGUGCUGGGCAGCAUCACUGACAUCCUGGUGACUGAAAUCAAUACUGACAGACUGCUGAACCUGAGCUUCCUGAGGCUGUUCAGAGCCGCUCGGCUCAUCAAGCUGCUGAGGCAGGGAUACACCAUCCGCAUCCUGCUGUGGACCUUCGUCCAGUCCUUCAAGGCCCUGCCUUAUGUUUGCCUGCUGAUUGCUAUGCUGUUCUUCAUCUAUGCCAUCAUUGGGAUGCAGGUGUUUGGAAACAUUGACCUGAAUGAGGACACAGCCAUCAAUCACCACAACAACUUCCGCACAUUCCUCCAGGCUCUCAUGCUGCUGUUCAGGAGUGCAACUGGUGAGGCCUGGCACGAGAUCAUGUUAUCAUGUCUGAGUCGCCGACCCUGUGACGAGCGAUCAGGGACCCAUGGGAAAGAGUGCGGCAGUGAUUUUGCCUACUUCUACUUUGUCUCCUUUAUCUUCCUGUGCUCCUUCCUGAUGCUGAACCUGUUUGUGGCUGUCAUCAUGGAUAACUUUGAGUACCUAACCAGAGAUUCCUCCAUCCUGGGACCUCAUCACCUCGAUGAGUUCAUCCGGGUUUGGGCCGAGUACGACCCAGCUGCGUGUGGCCGUAUCAAGUACCUCGAUAUGUAUCAGAUGCUGCUCCACAUGUCCCCACCAUUAGGUUUGGGAAAGAAAUGUCCGCCAAGAGUCGCCUACAAGCGUCUCGUCAAAAUGAACAUGCCCAUCGCUGAUGACAACACCGUCCACUUCACCUCCACCCUGAUGGCCCUGAUCCGCACCGCCCUGGAGAUCAAACUGGCCUCAGGUAUGGUAGCCCAGCGAUUAUCUGACGCUGAGUUAAAGAAGGAGUUGUCCACAGUGUGGCCCAACCUCUCACAAAAGACCAUGGACCUGUUGGUGACGCCACAUAAACCCAAUGAACUGACGGUAGGGAAGGUUUACGCAGCCCUGAUGAUCUUCGACUACUACAAGCAGAAUCGAGCGAGGAGGCUGCAGCUGCAGCAGCAGCAGCAGCAGAACGCGUCAGGCUCCCAGUGCAAGGUCGGGGCUCUGUUUAAGCCAUUGCUGCCUCUGACUCACAUGCAGGAGAAAGGCCUGCCUAUGAUGUUAAACAGUGUGGAGCCUCCCAGCAUGCUUCAGUCCCAGCCCAAAUCCAAUGUCAAGUCCCAGCCACAGACCAGACCUAGCUCCAACUCCCUCAACAAUGGAGGCACGCUGCCGGGUCAUGAUCACAACAUCAAGCCAUCACCUUCCUUGGUGAUGGAGAAACCCAAGGCUAAGAGAACCAUAUCCAGGGGCCCGUCAGAGGACACACCAGACACUGCCGUCAUUCAGGAGUCAGUGGAGAUGAGGAGGAUGGAGACCAGUGCCAGCAGUACGAUCCCAGUCCCUGGCACGGGUCUGGAGAACCAGGGCAGAGUUGCUUCUAUGCCUCGCCUUACUGCUGAGCUGCAGCGGGGCCACUCACGACACUCUCCAGGGAUCCAUCUACCUUCUGUCCCUGAUGCCAGUCCCAUGAGGCGCUCAGCCUCCACUGUGGCCCCACAGCGACCCCAGGAAGUCAACCUGAGGGACUACACCCUGGAGAAACCCAGCCAGGAGCGGCCCCACCACCAUCACCACCACCACCGCUGCCACCACCGCAGAGACAGGGAUAAAGACAGAGAGAAGAGGCAGAGGUCUUUGGAUACACCUCUAGGUGGACAACCUCCAGCCUCUGCUGGAGAGCCAGGGUCUGACCCAGCUGCCUCCAGAGAGCGAGCCCACGACCGCGGACGCUCCCACGAGAGGAAACACCACCACUCCUCAGCGGACAAGCAGCGCUACUACUCCUGCGACCGCUUCUGCAGCCGGGAACACUGCCACACCAAAUCUGCCACCGCUAGCUGCGCCGCCUCCCCCAGCGAGGGGCAGGAAACCAGCAACAAGCAGGGCAGUGGUUGGGUUAAAGGCAGCCCAGUGGCACUGAGUUCCAGUUCUAGCACGCCAAGCCGCGGACGUCGGCAGCUCCCCCAGACCCCCCUCACCCCACGGCCAGGGGUGGCCUACAAGACUGCCAAUUCUUCCCCCGUGCACUUUGUGUCCAGCCAGGCCUCUCUGAGUCCUGGCCGGCUGAGCCGCGGCCUGUCGGAGCACAACGCCCUCCGGCACAGCGGCUCCCGCCACUUCCCCUGCCCUGUCACUCGUAUCAGCUCCGAGCCCUUCUUGGGCCGGGGCCAUGGCGAUGCCCUGGGCAGCCCCUACGGCAGCCUCCGGGACCAGCUAGACGUCUUCCAGGAUGUGGCGUCACUGUCGCCCAGCCCCCGUGCCGGACGCUCAUCUUGGACCGCACUGCCUCGCAUGAUGGGAGCCCUGCUUCCGGCUCCACAGCAGAACCUUGGGGUGCCCAAUGGGUACCACUUCAGCUUCGGGGGCAACACCAGCCCAGGCUCUGGCGUCAGGGCACCCAGGUAUUACCAGGAGGCAGAGGAGGACGAAUGGUGCUAGCAUGGCUUUAAACCAACCUUUUUAAUGCAUUUUUGAGGAACUGUGAUGAGUUUUAUCAUCUUCUUUGAAGGCUUUAGUUUACAUUGUCACUGUGUGUGUUUAAUGCUGUAUUUUAAUCCAAACUUGGAGAGCUAAGUUUAGGGAGAACAUCUAAACAGGGAGAACACUUGAAGUGGGUAAUAUUUGAAUGUGAACAACAAAUUGUAAGGGCACAUAGCGUUAUGAAGUAGACUUUUUGCCAACAUCAGAUAUCUUACCGUAGCUAUCCUUGAUUUGCUUUGACCAGUGUUUUGUUGACACCACCAUAUCGACCCUCAAACUGCAUUACAUCAGAAACACAGACUAUACACGAGUAUAAAAAUAUUGAUUAGUGCUGCUUUAAAGUUAGAUUCUAACUAUCUGUUUACCAGGGAAAAUUACUUUUGCAAAGAUCUACAUGAUAAAACGAGUUUAACAGCGCUCCACUCUGUGUACCGUCAAAUCUCGAUGAGGCACAUAUGCAAAAUCAGGUUUUUUCAGACUCAAGAUGAGUUGUGCUCUCUUUAUCAGCCGCUCUUGCUUCUUCCACAUUAUUAUUACACCCAACAGGGCAACAUAAAGUCUAACAGACCGUUUAAUUUUUAAGCUGUACGUGAAGUCAGUUAUUGAAUCAAACAGUAGCUGAAAGUGCGUUUGAGAGUCAGUAUGGCAG